GACCUCCUGAUCAAAGGAAGUAUUUUUCGGUCAGAAGUAACUUUUCGUGCGAACUAAGCUGACUAAAACAUCGUCACCAUAAACAGAUAAAGUGGUAACCUUUCCAUUGAUGACCUUGAUUAACGCCGCUGUCGGCCUAGCCGUCAGGAGUGAUAUAAGCUAAUUUCUCUUCUUAGCUGCGAGUCACAUAUCAAGCAUCGCAAGUCAUCGUCAAUCCUAAAAGAGUCCACGAGCAAGAUGAAACUGGCUGGAUUUAUUGCAGCAUACAUGUUCCUAGUAUUCUUUUUCACAGAUUUGCAAGCUGAAAAAGAUUACUCACGUUUGGAGGAAGUCUGCCGUCUGCCCAAAAAGCGUGGACCAUGCUGGGAUGCUUCUGUGCGAUACUUUUAUGACGCGAAUACUAGAAAAUGCAAGCCGUUUAUUUACGGUGGUUGCUUAGGAAACAAGAACAACUUUUGUUCUCUCCAAGCUUGCCAAAUGAAAUGUCCAGAUGUACAAGCUGAAAAAGAUCGUUCAAGUAUGAAUGAAGUCUGCCGUCUUCGCGAAGAGCCAGGACCAUGCAGGGCUGCAUUUCCGCGAUUCUUUUUUGAUACGAAUACCGGACAAUGCCGCCUGUUCAUUUACGGCGGGUGCCAAGGAAACAAGAACAACUUUCGUUCUCUCCAGGCUUGUCGAAUGAAAUGCUCAAAUCUACAUGCUGCAAAGGAUUGUUCAGAUUUGAAUGAAGCCUGCCGUCAGCCCAAAGAGGUUGGACCAUGCAGGGCUGCAUUUCCAAGGUUCUUUUUUGACGCGAAUAUCGGACAAUGCCGGAAAUUCAUUUACGGUGGCUGCCUGGGAAACAAGAACAACUUUCCUUCUCUCCAAGCUUGCCAAACAAAAUGCCCAAACUUAAAUGCUGACAGAGAUUGAUCAAGUGUGAAGGAAGUCUGCCACCUGCCGGAAAAACCUGGACCAUGAAGAGCUUCUUUUGAGCGACACAUUUUCGACAAGUAUACUAGAAAAUGCUGCCAGUUCAUUUACGGUGGUUGCUUUGGAAACAAGAACAACUUUCGUUCUCUCCAUGCUUGCCAAAUUAAUUGUCAAAGUAAGACCAUUUUAUAAUAAAUGUA